CCAUUCGGAAAAAGUCGCCCGUCAACAAUUCGUACGAAACUGAAACGACUCACCUGCCAAACAGUCUAAGAAGGGAGGACCUGGGAAAGAAGACACUUUAUCCCCAACCCCGAGGAAACGCUGCCCUCUGCUUCUUACUGGAAAUUAAAAAUUGUCUUUUGUUGUCGGUCGGCGAGAACUUCUUGAACCGAGACUGACACGUUCUCUCCGUGGGACCGUAAACGUAUUUAUUCUUAGUUGACACCGUUUAACAGGCGCUUCCGGAUCUUUUGGAAAACUAAAACCACGGAAUGAAAUCUGGGGAGAUUGAGUUGGAAGAAAUUAAGACAAAUUCGGACCAAAAGGAAAUGGUAGAUGGUCGAGAUGGUGAGGCCAGUGUGGAAAACUCUUUGCUUUCUCAGAGCAAUAAUGGGGGAACAACAUGCAUUGAACCAAAGCAUAAGAACAGGACAAGUCUACAGAAUUGUUUAUCCCACAAAGGAAAACGCAGCAAACUGAUUGCUGCCUUCAUUGUCAUUCUCCUUAUAACUAUUGUGAUCAUCAUCUCUGUGGUUGUGUGCUGCGCAAACAAUGACGAUGAAGAUGAACAUUUUGACCGAACAACGUUUAAUCUGCAACAGAAAUUUAAUGGGAGCUUCCAGAUGGAAAUUCCAUUUUCAAAUGAAACCCAAGGUCUCAAUGACGUCCAGGGAAAGCUGACCAAGCUCUACGAAUCCUCCCAUGCUCUGGGUCGUUUCUUCUCAAACGCGGAGACAUUUCACCUUGGGAGUGAGUCUGCUGUCGUGCAAUACAAGCUGACAUUUAUCUUUCCAGAAGAAGAGCUUAGAAACUCCACUCUUAGCACAGAGAUUGUGUACAAUGUGUUCAGGCAGUUCCUCUACGAUCAGAAUGAAGAAGAAUCUGGGACUAUGUUCAUUCUCCCAAGUUCCUUGAAAAUGCACACCAUGCAUUAAUCAGAUCUUGAAAAAUGAGUUCCUGUAAAACCACUAAAACCGGAUUUCCAGGAUAGGAAUUUUUUUUUACGAAGUGGCCUAGAGACAGUUAACUUGUCAGCUCUUGUUCACCGCACAGAGACACUGUCCAUGUGAAUGCUCUCACAUGACCAAAUAGCAUACACCACAUGGUUGUUAUACAUUUAUGAUUUGUAUGUACUGUAAUGUAGAUUUUGUUGUGUAUUGCCAUUGUUUUUAAGCUCCAAAGGUCUUUGUUAAAACCUCAGAUGUCAUAUAUUAAUGUAGCGGAAAUGAUGACCUGCUGUUAGAAGUGGGUACACACACUCCUUUGCAUACACGUUCAGUUUUCAAGCAGACAUCAUUUGCAAACUGUACCUGGACUUGCCUUGAAACAUUUGCAUAAAAUGCAACAAACAGGUGCAGAGAGACAACGAGUUAUUUUAUUUGCCAAGUGAUGAACUUACUGACCUAAGUGUGAUUUAUAAUGUUCUUUUAAUCAUGUGUGCUUUGUGACAUAUAUUAAAUAUCUCAGCUGUUUCAUUAAUUC